GCGUGUGUGUUGAGUGUGUGGUGUGUGUGGAGAGCGCAGCCGGACCCGUGCGAUCAGCUGUGACCGUGGGAAACGGACAAAAAUCCGCCUUUGGAGCGGAAACUCGAGGGAGAAUCCACACGCCGAAGCGCAUCAUGGAGUUUCUGGACAGUUGUCUCCACGUAGCGUUACCUCCGAGAGGUUCGUCGGGGGCCGUGAGCUAGUGGAAAGUGAACGCCUCCUCUCCAUCACCGUGUGCUUGGAGUGGUUUUAUAAGUUUGCCACAUUAUUUCGGAACUCGCACUUUAACGCAUCGGCGCGUGCCCGUGCGCCUGCGGGGGGAGCGGGGACGCGCAUGGAUCGGGACCGCGGAAGGUCCCCUCAGAAAUCAACCCGGGAGAGCUCGGCUAAAUUAAAACUUUUGGGCUAAAUAAAUUCUGUCAUUAUUUUUGUUUUUUAGCGUUAUUGUUAUUGUUAUUACUGUUAGUGUUAUUAUCGACCCCCCAGCCCGGGUCCUGUCAGGUGAUUAUCGGGCAUAAAUAAAUCAUCGUAGUGAGUUUGUGAUGAGGCGGACUGCAGCGCGCGGGGGAGGACUCUCCGCUGGAAUUAUUGCGCAGUUUUUAAAAUAACGGCAAAACGGGAACGCAAACACACGCACACUCAUGGCACAGAGUACGUCUGCGAAAGAUAACGCCUGCCGAAAAUUCCAGGCCAAUAUUUUCAACAAGAGCAAAUGCCAAAACUGCUUCAAAGCUCGAGACGCGCACCUGCUGAGUGAUGAAGACUUCACACAGGCAAAACCCAUCUACGGUGGAUGGCUGCUCCUGGCGCCUGAAGGAACAAACUUUGACAAUCCUCUGCACAGAUCACGGAAAUGGCAGAGGCGUUUCUUCCUCCUGUAUGAACAUGGACUACUGCGUUACGCGCUGGACGACAUGGCCAGCACUCUUCCACAGGGCACCAUAAACCUGAAUCAGUGUGUGGAUGUUGUGGACGGUGAGAGCCGGACGGGUCAGAAACACUCGCUGUGCAUCUGCACGCCGGACAAAGACCAUUACAUACGUGCUGAGAGCAAAGAGAUCAUACAUGGGUGGCAGGAGGCGCUGAUGGUGUUCCCACGAACCAACAAACAAAACCAGAAGAAGAAACGGAAAGUGGAAACGCCAACGCCGCAGGAACCGGGUCCCGCGAAGGUGACGGUCACCAGUACCAGCAGCAGCAGCAGUAUGGUGUGUCUCCCCAGCACUAUAGCUCACGCAGAGCGAGUGCCCUCUACUCGGGCCACCCUGUGGCAGGAGGAGACGUGGAGCCGAGCCACUUUACCCACAAGCUGCAGCACCGGCAGCCUGAGUCAGCUCGAUGCAGGAAACGUGAGUGUUGGUAGCAAACCGCGGGUAGAGAGCGGCUAUUUUUCACUGGAGAAACCCAAACCCGAAGAAGAUGAAGAACGACAGCAUCAUCACCAGCAGGAGCAAGAGCCUUCACCACCACAGCUUUCUUCUUCCUCUUCCUCUCGCUCAAGGUAUCUCUCUUUCGAUCACGAGCUCUUCAGCUCGCACAAGCACACGUCACAUGACCCGCACAGCGCUGCUAGCACACAGACUGACGGCGUCGCACACAACGCCUGCGCUCACAAACACAAAACACAGAGACUCGGCAAAUCAGAGGAGCACGUUCCAGCCUCGUCGGAUGCGACCCUCGGCCGCCUUCCCAGCCCAGAACGGCUCUCCGGUCCGAACGCGCACGCAAACGUCCUCCCAUCGUCCCUGUCCUCCUCUCAGAGCUCUUUAGACUCUGAGCAGGGUCCGGAGAGCCGUGUGGGCGGAGCCUCGGGCAGGGCGGGGCGAGGCGGGCAGGGCUAUGCCGCCCUGGCCGACGUGCCCCGGGCGCGGAGACUCAGUCACCGGGAUGCGUACCGGUCCAGCCAGAAACGGCAGGAGCUGCGAGUGCGCACGAGGAGCCCAGGCAGGGAGGAAGUGGAGCGGCUGUUCGGACGUGAACGAAGCAGACGUUCGCAGGUCAUCGAGAGAUUUGAGUCUCAUGACGCUGCCGGCGCUCCGGAGCAAAUGGACACAACUACUUCUUCAACAGACCCCGCCCCUUCUUAUUCUAAAACAGCCAAUCAGAGAGCAGGACGCCAUGAGAAACGUCUCUCUAAUCAAAAACAAGACUUCUCGCUGGAUUCAGCUAAAGGCCGGACUGAUGAGAUUUCUUCACUAGCUGGUUAUCGCAGGGCCAAAAGUCUGGAUCGCAGAGCCACAGAGACACUCAUGACUCCGGACCUGCUUAAUUUUAAGAAAGGAUGGAUGACCAAGCUGUACGAAGAUGGAUUGUGGAAGAAACACUGGUUUGUUCUGACCGAUCAGAGCCUGAGGUUCUACCGCGACUCCAUCGCUGAGGAGGCCUCUGAUCUGGACGGAGAGAUCGAUCUGUCGACGUGCUACGAUGUGACCGAAUUCCCAGUUCAGAGGAACUAUGGCUUCCAAAUCCUUAGUAAAGAAGGGGCAUUCACGCUGUCUGCUAUGACCUCUGGGAUACGUCGGAACUGGAUUCAAGCCAUUCUGAAGAAUAUGCGGCCUACCGUCGCUCCUGAUGUCACACGGAAAAACGUGUCUCUGAAACUUUCAGUUCUUAUGCCCAGUUCUCUUCCAGAGGAGCGAUCCAGAUCAAAUGUGGAGCAAAACUACAUCCAGCCACCUUCAAACUCUUCGGCACUCUCUAACAGCUCUGUAGUUGAAGCUAAAAAGUUGCAUGAGGACAUCACAGACUCCGCUCCUCCUUCUGAUCUCCGUAAGAGCAGAGUCAACAAGCGUGAGGGGCGGUCUAAAACCUUUGACUGGUCUGAGUUCCGCCCAGGACAGGAAAACGAGAGCGGACCACCCUUGAUAAAGAGGGCAGACACUUCAGUCAUUAUCUCAUCUUCUCCUUCCUCCACCUCCUCUGCUGACUCUUCUCCCAUCUCUAGCACCUCCUCUAAUCAGACAUCAUCCUCAAUCACUACCACCAGCCAUACUGAUAAGUUGCCACAGCGAGAAGAAGUCUUGCAGGACUAUAUGCAUCGCAAUCAGACGACACCUACGGUCAAUGCGACGGCGGUGGCAGAGCCCCCAUCAAAGCUCCCCCAUAUAGUGCCACAGGAACAGUUGAGAAUGGAUGUAGACCAUGCCACAGAUGCACAGGAGGUCGACAAUCAAAGUGCAGCCCGCAAAAACUCUGAUGUCCAAGUAGAAAUUGAGCAGAGGUGGCACCAGGUAGAAACAACACCUCUCAGAGAGGAAAAGCAGGUACCAAUCACUGGCAGCCCAAGUGUACCUGUUGGAGAUAGAGCCCUUCCGCAAGAACUGACCACUGCACUGGAAAAAGAGUUAGGUCAGGCACAAAGGGAGCUGGCGAGACUCCAGCAGCAGAACAGCAUCUUACAGGAGCAACUUCAGGAUGCCCGUGGAAGAGAGCAGAGUGCCAGGGAAGGAUACGUACUGCAGAGUGACACGACCGCUGCAAAACCUUCUCCUGAUACAGCGUCUCCCUCAGUUCAUCGAGCACCAUGGCAGCGACUCAGCAAGCUGAACCAGGAUCUAAAGUCCGAGCUGGACUCCCAGCGACGGAAACAGGAUAAGGCCAGUCAACAAGUUAGCAGUUUACGGCGUAGCUACAGCGAAGCAAAAGAUAUAAUAGGACACCAUGAGGCAGAAAUCGAAGCCCUGGAGGAUAAGCUAACGGCUGCCAUGGCAGAUAUUGUAGUGAGUGAGCAGGCUGUGGCACGCAUGCGUAGCGAGCUAAAAAUUGAGCGGGUUCGAUGUCAAGAACGUGAGGAAGAAUGGGUUCGAAAUGAAACAACAUUGCGGUCGCAGCUGCGAGAGAGCGAGGAACGUCUUCGGCAAGUCGAGGCUAGUUUGUUAGAGAAGAACCAGGAACUGAGACAGCUCGAGCAGAAGCAAGCUUUGCAAAGGGACCAGCACAAAGAGGUGCAGAGGCUACAGGAGAGACUGGCUGAGGCCACUGGACGUCUGAUUUCCAUGGAGGAAGCUCAAAACAUGAGAGAAGAGCGGGAGAGGAAGGAGCAGAGAAACCAGGAGGAGAAGCACGAGCGGGAGCGGCAGGGUCUGACACGGAGAUUGGCGGAAUCUGAAGAGAGGAGGCGUGAAAUAGAAGAGCAAUUGCAAGAGGUUCAAGAACAAGUGGAGGCACUGCUGAGAGGGAGUGGUGGGAUGGAAACUGUGGGACUGAGAGAGGAAGUUCAUCGCCUUCAGCAGGAGUUGGAGGCGCAGACAGAUAUGGUGGAAAUGCUGCGAGAGAGCGUGAGGAGGCUGGAGGAGGAACGUGACCAGCUUACCUGCCGCUGUCAGGAACUACUCAAUCAGAUUGCAGAGGCCGACCGAGAGGUAGGAAAGCAACAGGCAUGUUUAACGACAGUGGAAACAGACUAUCACUCUCUUGAGAGCUCAUAUGAGCGUGUCUCAGAGGAAUUUGCUAGGAUAAGUCAUGUGCUACGAGAGAAGGAAGAGGAAGUGAAGCAGACAAAAGAAAUGUAUGAACAGCUAAUCAGGCAGAAGGAGCAGGACUUGAGCGAGGCCCUCGUUAAGAUGGCUGCCUUAGGCAGUAGUCUAGAAGAAACAGAACUUUGCCUGCAGCAAAAAGAAGAACUUCUUUCCAAAAUGGAGCGUGACUAUCCAGGUCUGGUAGAGUCACGUCAAGCGGAACAGGAGCUUCAGGCAAAACUGGUGGUUGCAGAGGAUCGGAUUGCUGAGCUGGAGGAACACCUCAAUGCCCUCCGACUCGGAUAUGCAGAUCUCAGGAUGCGACGUUGUCGCUCGCAGGAAGACCUGCUUUAUGGUUUGAAAGAGUUGCAACAUGAUGUUUCCUCCUCAUCAAGCACCUCCCAACUCCUGCUUGCAAGAAGCAGCUCCGAGACGGAAAUGUCCUUGGUAAAGCGCCAGAGGAUUCGCUUUUCCACUAUUCAGUGCCAAUCCUAUCGGUCCCAAGGAGCAGACAAAUUUCAGACAGAAAACACAUCUUUGGAUCUGACACAAGAUCUAAGCCUAGACCACAUGCAUGACCUCAGCCUGACCCAAGAUAUCAGUGUAGUCAGUGACAGUUCAUUCCAGCAGUGUAGAGAUCCAGAGAAGUUCAUCUCCAUUAUACACACUCUGGAAACCAAGCUAUUGGCAACAGAGGAGAAGCUCAGGCACCUUACAGAGAAGAUACGGGACCAGCCCGAUCUUUCAGCAAUGCAGGAACACCUAAGCACCAGAGCUACCAUGGAGGACUAUACGACUAAAACCUGUGAUGAAUUAUCAAUGGAUGAACCCAGUCAGAAAUUCUUCAACAAGACUUCUGGCGAGCAGGACAGUGAGGAAUAUGAGAAGGCAUUGGCACUAGUAGAGUCUUGCACAGAAAGAGUCAGAGAAAUUCUCAGCAAUCAGAAAGAGACCAGUUCUGCUGAAUCUCUCAUUUGUACCCUUGCAGAAGUAGAGAAACGGCUGGUUUGUGCCACCAUGUACCUGAGGAAGGGCAGCACAUUGUAUGAGUCGUGCCAGAUCUUUGAUGCACCAGAUGUGCAUUCGAUGCAGGAAGGUAUAAAGCGGUUUGCCAGAACGUUAACCUUUGAAGCUGAGGUUUUGGAGAAGAUGGGGUUCUCUCUGCAAGACCUGAACUCUGAUAUUAUGUCGGCCCUGAACUCCAUUCACAAGGAUGCCGAAAACAUCAAGAAGAACUGCGACAGUUGUCUCUCAGUUGUUUAUGCUGAUGUACUUACAAGAAAGCUUAUGCUGGAGACCAUGUUCUUGGCAGAGGUGGACAAGCUUGAGACGAGCAAGCAAUCAAAUAGUGCUUUUUCACAGGAAGUCAUCAAGAAUGCUUGCAUUAGUGCUGAGCUUGCCUAUUCUCUUCAGAAUCUAACAAUGAAUUUUCAGGAAAAAUUUGAUGAGCUUCAAAAGGACUUGCUCCAGGCGAACGAGACCUUAAAACAAAGGGACAUGGCUCUGAAAGAUGCUGUUAGCACAUCAAAGCGCGCUCACCUUGAGAGCAUGACCCAAAGUGAUUCCGAUCAUCUUGGUGAUGUCGCCCCUCCUGAACUUGUCCCCUACAUGGAGCAGAUUGAGAUUGAGGAAGCUCAGAGUUUAGCUGCAGAGAUUGUCCACAGACAUUUAGCAGACGGCAUCCUGUCCCAUAGUGCAGAAUCACAAUCGCAUCUGCAAACGAGCUGGGAAAAUCUCAUCACUGAGCUCAAAAAGCAAGCGAAAGCCCUCCGCAGUCUCUCUCAGGAAAUUGAGAGGAUCUGCGAGGAAGGAGAAACAAAUUCACUUUCUGGGCUUGCGGAUGCCAUCCAAAAGAGUUCGUGGCGCAAUGACUCCAGCGCCGCUUGUAUGCGAGAAGCAUUAAUGCAGGCGCAGGUUGCAUAUGUUGCUUGCAGAUUACGAGCAGGUCACACAAGGGAAAUUUCUCUCUGCCAAGAAACUAGCCGCAACAUGGCAGCGCUCGUCCAGGAACAUGCAGAGAGUGUUGCAGCCAUCCAAAGGCACUACCAGAGCUGCUUAGAGAAAGAACAUCUUAGCUUUACUGGCACUAUCAGUUCCUUGCAGGAAGAGAACGACAUGCUUCGGGGAGAGCUAUCCUAUAAGCUCAGGGAGCUUCAGGAGCAGCGGCAGAACUUAACCCAGCUGGAAGAAGCAUUUCAUAGGGAGAAAGAAGAGCUCAGGAGCAGGCAUUUAGAUGAGAUGGGAAGGGCUGAGCAGGAGCAGAUAACUAGAGAGUUUGAACUAAUGGAGCGUGCCGCCAAUAGCCAACGCAGGCUGGAGAACCUGCUUCUGGAAAUGGAAAAUGCUGAGUUGAGACACAAAGAGCAAAUCCGGAAACUUGAGCAGGAAUUUCAGAGUAAGGUCCAAGAACUAGAGCACGCCAACAGAGAGGAGCUCCGCAAGCUACAAGAAUGCUACAGCCAGACCAUCUGCUCACCGGAGGAGAGCGAACAAGUGGAGAAGAAAGAUGAGGCUGACGCAUGUCCCAUGGAGGAAGGGGAUGGAACUGAUCAGGUAACAUGCAGGGAGUCCCUGCUCCGAAUCCAGGAGCUGGAGAUGCAGUUGAGCAGCAUGAGGGAGGAGCUGGAACAAAAACCACUGGAUGGAGAUCUGACCAGCCUGAAAGAGAAAUACCAGCGAGACUUGGACAGCCUCAAGGCGACAUGCGAGCGUGGGUUUGCAGCGAUGGAGGAGACGCAUCAGAAAGUGAUCGAGGACAUCCAAAGGCAGCAUCAGCGAGAGAUCCGGAAACUUCUGGAGGAGAAAGAAAGACUGCUGGAGGAGGAAACCAAUGCCACUAUUGCUGCUAUUGAGGCCAUGAAAAACGCUCAUCGCGAGGAACUGGAGAAGACGCAGCGGUCACAGAUGAGCGGCGUGAGCGCAGACAUUCAGGAGCUGCGCAGACAGUAUGAAGAGGAGUUGCAGUCUAUCCAUCGUGAGCUGGAGGUUUUGUCUGAGCAGUAUUCUCAGAAGUGUUUAGAAAAUGCACAUUUGGCUCAAGCGCUGGAAGCUGAGAGACAGGCACUGGGACAGUGCCAGCGAGAAAACCAGAAACUGCAUAUACACAACCAGGAACUAAAUCAUCGUCUGAAUGAAGAGAUCACCAGAAUGCACUCCUGCAUCAGUGAAGACAAAUCAACUUCCUCUCUGACACAAGGCAAAGACAUCUAUGAACUGGAGGUUUUGCUGCGAGUGAAGGAGUCGGAGAUCCAGUACCUCAAACAGGAAAUAAACUCUCUCAAAGACGAGCUGCAGUCGGCACUUCGAGAUAAGAAGUAUGCUUCGGACAAGUACAAGGACAUUUACACAGAGCUGAGUAUCGUCAAAGCUAAAGCUGACUGUGACAUUAACAAGCUGCGGGAGAAACUUUUGGCUGCUACAGAAGCUCUUGGGGAAUUAGACGCUGAAGGAAGUGGCGUUACUGCUGGAUACGACAUUAUGAAGUCAAAGAGUAACCCAGACUUCCUGAAGAAAGAAAAAUCCAAACAGAUACGUGGCGUCAGGUCAAAGGCAGAGAGUGAGGGGUUGUUCGGGGGUAGCUGACCGCUGUGACCCCAUCAGGUCCUACAGGUGAAGCAGAGUUUAAAGGAGGGCUUGACCGUACAGGAGAGGAUGAAGCUUUUGGAAGCGAAAGACUCCAGAAAGAUAUAACGCACCUCACGCCUCUCUUUCUUCCUUUUUCUGUAUCCUCGCUCUCUUAUCGUCUUGAUUUAGAUCUUCUCGGCUGGUAGAUGAAGCAGGGUAAAUGACUUCAGCUUUCUGAUCGUGUUAAUAUUGUUUGUGUGUGUUAAGGGAAUGACGUGUUUCAAUACGAACCGUUUUUGCCAAGCUUCAGCGCCGACGAACCUCAUAUUUUUGGUGUUUUCUGGUCUCUAGCGGUCCUGAAGCCGUUCCUUGUCAUCGCAGUAUAUACCAACACACUCAGUAUUGAACUAAAACACUAGAUGUGCGUGUGUGUGUGUGUGUGUGUGUGUGUGUGUGUGUUUCUCAUUUAGGUAUCUUCUGAAUGGCUGCUCUCGUGUUUUUUUUAGGGGUGCUGGUGACAUUUUUAUGAUUACUCUGAAAGCAGAUUUAAUUAUUGACAGAGAGAGAUAUUAUUUUGCCAAUGAUACUGUAAAUAUGAGUAAAGUGGCGUACGUGAUGAUAACACUUUUUCAGACUUUCUAGUACUGUAACUUUGAGAUGAAACGACGUGGUUUCUGUAAGCUGGGUUGCAACGUGAGCGUUUCGGGUGGUUAUGCGCUUCGGUCAUUUACUUGAUGAGAAUCUAAUUGCUGUUUUAAUUGCUUUCGUGUCGCUUCUGACGUGCAAAAUUUCGGGCAGCCAAACGUGAUCUCUGCUGUGGGUUGUUUUUGGCGUAAAGCUUUUUUUUUAUGGAUUCGGUUAUUCCAGCGUUCGUGCCGUUCAACGGCGGCCUUUGCAUGAAUACGAAGCACUUUCGAGUCGUCGAUCUCUCCAUAUUCCUUCUGCUCCAGGAUUCAGAAAGCGUUGAACACGCAACAAAGAAAACUCACUGUAUAAUAAUAUUCAAUAUUGGCUUUGUAAAUAAUCGGUUUUAGAGAAGAUUCCUUUAUCUUGUUCUCUCGGUCUGCAUAGAGGAAACAAAUCUUUAUAUCUAUCUAUAAGCAGUAUGUCUACACCUAAUUGCCUAUCUGUAUGAAUAUUUUUAUUUUGGCGUGCGUGAACGUGGUACAUCUGUAAUAAUAAAAUGUUUUUGAAUUAAAAA